AUGAGGGGGUAGACAGAAAGGAAGUGAGUGCAGUGGAGAGAGUCCACACGGGGCUUGGGCGAGAUUGUGACGCCCAAAGGAAAUCUACAAUCAUAUUUUUAAAUCGUUGUCUAGACCGUAAAAUAUGACUUCAGGAGCUGAUGUAAGUGUGAUGGGUAAAGAGUCAAACUCCACUGCCUCUUACCUUGGACAUUUUUCUUUAGCCAGUAGCCUUAAAUAGCCUCUGUAUACUGCAUGCUGACUGCCAUAGCACCCAAUUUAUAGACGUCAAAGCAGGGUUUAUUGUGUGGAGAAAACUAGACAGUUUUACUAGUUUUACCUAUAUGUUAAAUAACCUAGUGAUGGGGGUUCCAGUAUAUGAACCAUUAUGUAGUGGUGUUUCUGUCAGGGGGCAUGGACUGUUUGUCUCUAUUUGAUACGAAGUCCAACAAGGUAAUUUUGCACGUUGAAUGAUGGUUGGAUGAUGAACUGUGCUUUAAUAUAAGCUACUGUUCACUAGACCACGCACGCGUGGACCGCACCCGCAUAGGCCGCUUUUCACACACUUAUUGGAUGCGUUUUCCUGUUUGUGCAGAAAAAAAAGGAUUUCCUGGGACCCGGAAAUAAACAACUUGUUCAUCAACAACCCACCUUUUCCACUCCACCAAGGCCAUAUGCGGCCUGAUUUAUUUAUUUAUUUAUUUAUUUAUUUAAUAACAGAGGUUAAAUCAGAUCCAAGGCAAAGUGUUCACGGAAUCUGGUCCAGUGCUAUAUAAUUAGCUGUAUUGCUUUGGCCCACGGCAGAUUGAAUUCUGAAUUACUGGACGAAGCAAAUUAUUUUUACAACAACAACAACAACAACAACAAUAAUGUAAUUGUUGCAAUUAUGAUGUAGCCUCCCGAUAGCCCCUUCUGUACGCCUGGUUUGCACAAGGCUUCUGCUCCAGGGAUGUAUGUCUUGGGGCCCGGCACUGAUUGGGUCCCGUAGGCCGGUGAAGUUGUAGGAAAUCCGGGAAUCCACUGUUCCACCUUCUCAGCGGAAAGGGAGAACGCGAAACACAGUAGGGAGAGAGAGACUGAGAGAGGCAGGGUGUUGAGGAAGCAGAGAGACGCUUUUGCAAGCCUCACUGAACUUAAUACUGUCAGAAAAGGAGACCACGACUCAACACGAGAUGGCGUCAGUGAGCGACGCCCGCCAGCCGCAGCAGGCCCAGAAGGACGCGGCGGACCAGAACUUCGACUACAUGUUCAAGCUGCUGAUCAUCGGGGACAGCAGCGUGGGCAAGACCAGCUUCCUGUUUCGCUACGCCGACGACUCCUUCACCCCCGCCUUCGUCAGCACCGUCGGCAUCGACUUCAAGGUCAAGACUGUCUUCAGAAACAACAAGAGGAUCAAGCUGCAGAUCUGGGACACUGCGGGGCAGGAGAGGUACAGGACGAUCACAACGGCCUACUACAGGGGGGCAAUGGGCUUCCUCCUCAUGUAUGACAUCACCAACGAGGACUCCUUCAGCGCCGUGCAGGACUGGGCCACUCAGAUAAAGACGUACUCCUGGGACAACGCACAGGUAGUGCUGGUGGGGAACAAGAGUGACCUGGAGGAGGAGAGGGUGGUCCCAACGGAGGGCAGCCGGCAACUGGCCAACGAGCUGGGGUUUCACUUCUUCGAGGCCAGCGCCAAGGACAACGUCAACGUGAGGCAGGCGUUCGAGCGCCUGGUGGACGUCAUCUACGAGAAGAUGAACGAGAGCGCGGACGGGGAUCAGAGCACGUCCGGCAGGGCCGCCGCCCUGCAGGACACGCCCCCCGACACCGGCGGGGGCGGCUGCGCCUGCUGACCGCAGUGCACCCUGGGACUGCCUGGCCCGGCGGCCCCUCCCCCUCCGUGGAACCCAUGUCCCAGCACCCCACAGUUCCCCAGAACAGCCUCUUAAUCUUAUCACCCCCAUAUUUUCACUGCGCAAACCGUCAAUCUGCCCGGACCCCUCAUGCUGACCCCCUGCACCCGCCCCCCCCCCCCUUCCCCAGGUCACUUCCUGUUACUCAAAGCAACACAGAGGAACUACCAUCACCUUCUCUCUGUACUCCUCCAAACCCUGAGAGUGUUCUAUGGUCACUGGUACCGAUCACCUUCUCUCUGUACUCCUCCAAAACCUGAGAGAGAGUGUUCUAUGGUCACUGUUACCGAUCACCUUCUCUCUGUACUCCUCCAAACCCUGAGAGUGUUCUAUGGUCACUGUUACCGAUCACCUUCUCUCUGUACUCCUCCAAACCCUGAGAGAAAGUGUUCUAUGGUCACUGUUACCGGUCACCUUCUCUCUGUACUCCUCCAAACCCUGAGAGUGUUCUAUGGUCACUGUUACCGAUCACCUUCUCUCUGUACUCCUCCAAACCCUGAGAGAAAGUGUUCUAUGGUCACUGUUACUGAUAACCUUCUCUCUGUACUCCUCCAAACCCUGUGAGUGUUCUAUGGUCACUGGUACCGAUCACCUUCUCUCUGUACUCCUCCAAACCCUGAGAGUGUUCUAUGGUCACUGGUACCGAUCACCUUCUCUCUGUACUCCUCCAAACCCUGAGAGAAAGUGUUCUAUGGUCACUGUUACCGAUCUCCUUCUCUCUGUACUCCUCCAAACCCUGAGAGUGUUCUAUGGUCACUGUUACCGAUCACCUUCUCUCUGUACUCCUCCAAAACCUGAGAGAGAGUGUUCUAUGGUCACUGGCACCGAUCACCUUCUCUCUGUACUCCUCCAAACCCUGAGAGUGUUCUAUGGUCACUGGUACCGAUCACCUUCUCUCUGUACUCCUCCAAACCCUGAGAGUGUUCUAUGGUCAGCGUCACUGAACUAGAAUCCACUCUUUCAGCCAUCUCUGCUCCCUUUCUCCACUGCGGUCUUUUAACCUCCUUGUUUUGUCUGUUCGCUGUUGUUUCUGUGGUCUAUCACUCGAUCUUACCCCCCCCCCCCCCCCCGGGGGUAUUUUAAAUUUUAACCAAUCUGAGCCUUUGCAAAUGUGGAGGACGUGUGGACGUUCCGUUCAAACGGUUAAAAACGGAUUAGAUUCUAGCUUUGACCAGAUAUUAAGUCCAGUUCUUUUGAAAAUGCGUUUCAAAUAUUUCGGAGCACAGAAUCUGUAAGAUAUAUUGAUUCUGGUGCAUUACAGUGUAGGUCUGUGGUGUUCAAGGUUCUAGUGCACCUCAAAACUUCUCCCAGUCACACAUCACUGUAGGAAUGUUCCAGGGCAUUGAUGAAUUUUUUAUAUUUCCGUCACACACUCACUAAUAUCCAUCAGCAGUGUGCGGACCCCCCUUUAUCCAAAGCCCUUUACAAUUGAUGCCUCUCAUUCACCAGAGCAGUUAGGGGUUAGGUGUCUUGCUCAGGGACACUUCGACACGCCCCAGGGCGGGGAUCGAACCGGCAACCCUCCAACUGCCAGACAACCGCUCUUACCUCCUGAGCCAUGUCGGCCCUGUUACAAAGAUUACAUGUUGAUAUGCUGUCGUAAAGUCUGGGUGAUGCGAAUGGGGGGUGGGGCGGUGGGGGGGUGGGGGUGUUGGCUGAACUCUGCGACCUCAGAGGGCUGUGUCUGGGACUUUGGGGAAGAAGCCUGGGGGUGACAAAGCCCUUUUCUCUGUAAACGUGCAGGUGUGCAGGUGCCAAGGAACUCUGGGAGUGCGUCUCUUUCUCUCCCCUCUCUUUCAAAAUGGACACAGGUGCAUUUCUGUCAUAGUUACCACUGUACGUCUCCACGGUGACAGGGAGUGGGUGAUGUUGUGAUGUUGUGCCAAAUCUCUUACCCCAAGAUCUAGGCAAUUUGGCCAAGCCUGCAUUGAAGGCAAUACUGGACAUUCACACACACAUACAUAUAGGAACAUAUACAGUGUAUACGUAUAUAUACACACACACACACACACACACACAAGUACCAGGUAUACAAAACAGUAAGCAAGCUGUCUUACACUGUUCUGAUUGGUGUGCUGUGUGGACCUUUUUAGGCUGGUAUGUGGCGAUUUUCUCAGUGACUGUAAAUAAACUGCUGGAUGUUUGUUAAAAUACUGGUCAUGGGUAAUGCACAAAUGCACUGUUUCCUGUGUUAGGGUCCUGCACUCAAACUACAUAUUAAGUUAAGUUCUUCAUCUCAGUCAGUCCUUGACUUUCGGCGCGGAGGGUGCUUAAGGAAUGUGUUUGUCUUUCUUUAUCUCACUCUCUAUCUCUCCCUACAUAUAUAUAUAUAUGUGUGUGUGUGUGUGUGUGUAUGUAUAUAUAUAUAUAUAUAUAUAUAUAUACACGUACACACACACAGUAUAUCUCACGCCAAGUAAACUCUUGUUCGUACUUGAAUUCUCCAAUUUGGAGAGGAGGUAAUUUUUCAUUUUAUUUAUCAGAAAUGAACUGUUGGAUUUUAUUCGUUUGGAUGUUUGCUGUGUUGUGUUUGUGUAUGUUUUGUGUUAGUUAUUUUUAUUUAUUUUAAGAAUAACAAACAUAAUGGGGAAAUGCCUGGUUUUGUAUCUUUUAUGUAAUUUAUGUUUCCUCUUAAUUUAGGACAUUAGUGUAUUUGUUUCAUGAAGCAUGAAAGACACCAAAUAAUGACAGACUCAUUUUGGAGAAAUAAAGAUGGCAUUUGUGAGAACGCUCACUCGCAUAUGUCAUAUCCAUGACA